AUUGCAUCCAACCCUGAAGGCGUUCCUGGGGCAAAGCCUCCGUUUAGUGAAGCGCCGUUGUCGAUGACAAUGUGUAAUGACUAUUGGAUGGAUUCUUAUUCUGCCGCUAGUGGUUGGCACAACACGCUGUCACCUGGGCUUGAAUGGACAGGCUGAGGAUGUGGCAUUGCUAUGUGGGUCUGCGGGAGAAUGCCUAGCCUUGGCAGCUCAAGAAGCGCGAAAGGGUCUCCGAUGCAAAGAAGUUCUCAUCAAGGAUGUGCGCCAUCUAGUUGCUGCAGCAUACAUCUCUACGCCGUCGACGCUAGUUUCUGGCAUCGAAGAGGAGCCAUUGUUGCCCCUCCGGAACAAGCGCUUCCUGCCAAGCUUUCUGGCAACUUUACCAGCUGCUGCCACAGCUUCUUUGUUGCAAGAAACGCCCCUGGUGGCUCCAGCGACCCGAGCAGCCGGAUCCGAAGAUGAGGAGGGCCCAGAGCCCAUCUUCCUCACCUACGGUUGUGAGCUGUGUGAGAUCAUGGCCGACAAUGCCGAGAUGUGGCUUCGACAACUGAACCAGACCUAUAGCCAGCCAGGGCCAGCAAGUGGAGAUCCCUUCCUGAAAGAGUUGCGCCUUCCAGGAAAGCAGCAGACCACUUCAGCGAUGCGAAUUUUUCCUCCUUUGCUUUACAAGCUGGAAUUUCUGCAAGGCAAGUUCGGAGUCUUAGUUGCAGAUCUCGAAGCGUGGUACCUUUCGAUGCUUCUUUCUUUAGGUGUGAAGGACAAAACCCACACGGUUCACAUGCGAAACCGCUGGUUGGGCAUCAACCGAAACUCCCAGAUGGAAGUGCAUUUGGCGACAGUUCGGUCAGCUAUACCACACCGAGCGGAUUGGAUUUUCAUUCCACCGACGGUGCUGGACGGUGUUGGUCUUGAUGCGUCGACAGGUCAAUGGGACUUGCAUGCAGACUUGCAGUUGAUGGACACCAUAAGUGGGGCGCUUGCAACUGGCGGCCAUAUUAUUUUGAGCAUCAUGGUUGGGGAGGACUGUUUCAUCAUGCGAGACGACAAAGCCUUCAGAGUCUACGGACCCAACUUGCUGCAGCAACUCUUGGAGAAGUGGGAGACAAAGGUGCGAAUGGAACACCCUGCAAACUUGAGAGUGUCCUAUGGACCUUGUCGAUCUCGUCCAGCUGUACUCGUGCUGCGGAGCAAAUGGGACAGACACCCAGCAUCCCUCCUGACAGUGAGACGUAUUGAUAUCAUGCCCAAGCUGAUCUAUGCUGUCCACCGUCGUCAGAUUGGGCUGAAACGUGAGCGAAGAGACCCGCAGGCUGGGCAGUGGGCAGAGGAUGUUUACUUCAACUGUGGCAUCUCAAUGGGAGCUUUGGCAGAGCAUUGUGCCUUCGACAUCAACAUUGUGGCGGAGCCCUGCCGCAAAAAAUUUGGGAAGGAGGCCUUCGAGCAUGGAUUCAACUUCUUGAUCGACUCCAUGGACUACUUGGGCUUCACACGUGCCAUCAGCGAUGUACGCUUGGAUCAGAAUGACAUCCUCUUGAACGGGGCUCACAGGGUGGCCAUUGCGCUGGCGAUGGGCUUCACGAGCGUUCCUGUCACGCCCACUGCCCUGCAUGACGGCAUCACUGGUGGCGUUGACCAGACUGUCAUGCUGAACAAUCUUGAGAAGUUACAUGGUCAUGACCAUGGCCGUUCAUUGAUGUCGAGCCUGUUUCUGGAGCUGAUCGCUCGGGAACAACAUCCGCAAGCGAUUCGCCAGCUUGGAGUCGCUUUUGUUUGGCCCAAAGCUCCACGAAACUUUACAGAGAAAGCUGAAGCCGCAAUUUUUGAGAACUUCUUCCUGGUGAUGCCGCACUGGGAGGUGAAACUACGAGGAGAAGGUUGCUUCAACUUGUUGCAGCUGCUAUAUUCCUCGCAUGCUUGGUCCAAGCAACCAGAGUAUGUUCUGGCAAAGGCAAGGAGAUCAUGUGGUGCAGACUAUGCAAAGAAAACGACUGGUGGAGAUUUGAUUGUCUUCGAGCUUCGAAAGGAUGAACUUCCUGUGCUUGAGAAGGUCAAAUCUGAGUUGCAGACUGGCGCCCCCAAUGCAAUGUUCAUAUCAUCCAAUCCAACCGCGGCGAUCACAACACUGCACACGCCGACGAUGAAGUUCUUGAACUCUGCACCAGCAAAUGCAAGGCUUCCUGAGAUGGUGCAGAAGUUACCAGGACAUCUUCAAUCUAUUUGUGUGUUGGGUGAUUCCACUCUUCUGGAGCUAUUGCAGCUGCGACCAGCUGAACAACUUGAGAUCAUUUGCACCUCAAAGACGGACCUACCAAAGGAUCCGAAGGUCUUGGACUAUGCCGCUGAGCCUUGGCUGGGGCUGUACGGAAAGAACGUUGCUGAUUUGGUGCAUGAUCCCUCUGGCUAUUUUUGGGCAGGGGGUUGGAGGGUGCAAACGCCUCAGCGACUGAUCCUUGGAUUUUCAUCAUUAUUUGUUUGUGCAUUUCAUUUGUACCUUUUUUUGCCCUGUGUUGCGCUUACGCAAAAGGCAGCACCUCUUUCGAAACAGACCACCUGGAGCCUCAUUUGUCACUUGUAGCAAACUUUAGCAAAGUAUUGGAUGCCCCAGGAUUCCUUUCAAGGAAGCCCGUCAUGCUCACCUAUGCCGCAGUAGUCCAUGUGACUUCAACAGUGACCUGCGAGAGGUAACACUGCUGAGGAGUUUCGAUUUCUCGGAGGAAAACACGGAGUGAUUCGAGAGAACAGACGGCCAAGAUCUGCAAGGAAUCGUAGGGACCACCCGAUUGUUCAAGGGCAGAGCACUGCGGGCUUUGAAGCCAGCACAAGCCAAGAGCGAGAAAUCUCACAGACCCUCCUUCGUGAAUGC